GAGGAUACAGUCACCUUAGGGCGCACCACGGCAACUUGCUUUUUUCCACAAUACCCAGAGUGUCAAGUCACCCCACAAGUGCCAGUCGGACCUGUAUGGCCCCAUCUAUCGUCAUGUCAGCUUUGACCGCUGGUUUGAAAACUGAAGACCUUCCUCCCCGCUCGGUUCUUGUCAGCAGAGGCGAGAUGCAGACCAGUCUGAGCUCUGCAGAGGAGACUGGGAAGCCCAAAGUGGCUAUUCUGCCCUUCAGCGUCGAGGCACUGAUGGCGGAUAGGAAGCCAAGCCGAGAGGUGCCAUCCCCGGAUGCCUCCUCAGUUGCUGGGACAUCUCAAGCGCUGGGACGGGGCGUGAGGAUGGGCUCUCUCUCCAGUCUGGAUACUGCAGUUCCUGCUUUGCCCAUGGGUUCGUCGUUUUCUGUGGGCGAAAUGAUGAACAUGCCAGAAGACGUGUUGAUCAAACCCGAGAGCCCGGACAGUAAAGACAGGACUUCUUGGAUACAGAAUCCUCGUUUCUCUCCCACGCCUCCACGAAGGUUGAGUCCUCCUGCCUGCCCCCUGAGAAAGCACAAAACGAACAGGAAGCCCCGGACCCCCUUCACCACGUCGCAGCUCCUGGCCCUGGAGAGGAAGUUUCGCCAGAAGCAGUACCUCUCCAUCGCUGAGCGCGCAGAGUUUUCCAGCUCUCUCAAUCUGACGGAGACUCAAGUUAAAAUCUGGUUUCAGAACAGAAGAGCCAAAGCUAAACGACUGCAGGAGGCAGAGUUGGAAAAACUGAAAAUGGCAGCUAAGCCAAUGCUGCCUCCGGCUUUCGGGAUUUCCUUUCCUCUCGGUGCGCACGUCCCCGCGUCCUACGCAGGGUCGCACCCGUUCCAGAGGCACUCACUGCCGGUUUCCCCCGUGGGACUGUACGCCGCUCACGUCGGAUACAGUAUGUACCACCUUGCUUGACAAGGACGGAAGAGGAUGGGCACUGAAGAGGGGUGAAAGGGGAUAGACUUCUUUCAGGGGGUCCCAAGCAAGAGGGGGCACUGCAGACAGGUGAGGGGGAACUGAGCUAAACUAGAGGCAUCCUGGUCGGGAGCCCAGUGUCACAUCUUGUCAGGGGACCAAGACUUCCUAAUAGAGCCCCUCUGGAGGACCCUGAAGUUUAUCCACUUCUCUUGACCAUGCCAGUAAGUUCACACACUGCAAAAAUAUCCCACCUUAACAAGUCAUUUAAUCUUCUAUGAAGACUUAAAAUGUUCUCGAUUCUCAAAGCCUAUUUAAGAAAAAUAAGACUUUAAGAUUGACACUGAGACUAAAUGACUUUGAGCUGGACAUUUUUGCAGUGCAGAAGUGGAAAACAACUCUGUUUAAGCCUAUGAUACGUAAUGACUGGACAGUCAAGUAUGGACAACCUAGAAGGCUUUAUGCCACACAGUGUGUCAAAGAGAGCCCACUCCUUUACCACGAUAAAUGGCUGGCCAGGUAAAAGGGCUAUUAUAUAAACUUAUACCAAUAAGAGACUAUUGCGCACAGCUUGACGUUUUGCACCAACAUAAGAACCCCAGGUAGGUUGGGCUGUCAUCACUUAUGUGGGUUGUUGUCACACUGCAAACACCAUACUUUUUCAUUUUGCAUUCAUAUCAAUGCGUAACUUAGUGGGUUACUGAAUCCAGUGUCAAUAAAUGCUCUUUGCUAAAUUGGAGAACCACAGCAUUUUUUUUUUUUUUUUUUUUUUUAUAACAGCACUGUCUGUUGUUGGAAUGAUUCCCUUCGGAAGGGAUUUGUGUACUGUAAAAUAAUGUAUAUUUGAAGAAUAUCCUCAUUUAUAUUAUGAAUAUAUUUGUGACAUAAAUUAACAAUAAAUUGUUUAUUCUUUUUCA